AUGUCGGCUUCUAACUCCAAGCAGCAGAGCCAGGCUCAAGCACGGGACCUGAAGCACCGUGUGCUUACGUGCCUCCACAAGCUUUCCGACCGGGAUACGCAUGCCGCCGCGGCGUCGGAGUUGGAAUCUAUUGCGAGAUCUCUCUCCACCGACUCACUUCCGCCGUUUCUCUCCUCCAUCUCCGCCACCGACUCGUCGGAUAAGUCUCCUGUCCGCCGCCAGUGUCUCCGCCUCAUUUCCGUGUUAUCCGAGCACUACGGAAACUCUCUCUCCCCAUACCUGUCCAAACUCCUCUCCGCUAUCGUCCGCCGACUCAGGGAUCCGGAUUCUUCCGUCCGCUCUGCCUGCGUAUCUGCUUCACUCUCCCUCUCUUCACAUCUCACAGCACCAUCUUUUGCUUCCAUUACAAAGCCAUUCCUUGAAUCUUUAUUCAGAGAACAGGACUCUAAUACUCAGAAUGGCGCUGCUCUCUGUUUGGUAUCAAUAAUCGAAGGAUCACAAAAUCCGGAUUCCGGUUGCUUGAGACGCCUAUUGCCGAGGUUCGAGAAGUUGGCGAAAUGCGAGAGUUUCAAGGCAAAAACCGCAUUGUUGACGCUGAUGGGGAGCGUGGUGGAACUGAAUGGUGUGUUGGGUGGUGGUGGAAAGAACCUGAUUAAGAAUUUAGUGAUGUUUUUGGUGGAGUUCUUGAGUAGUGAGGAUUGGGCGGCGAGGAAGGCAGCUGCAGAGACGUUGAUGAAGAUCGCGGGGGUGGAGAAAUAUGCUUUAUCUGAAUAUAAAAGUUCUUGUUUGAAGACCUUCGAGGCAAAGAGAUUUGACAAGGUAAAGGCAGUGAGGGAGACAAUGAAUCAGAUGAUAGAUGCUUGGAAGGAGAUUCCUGAUCUAUCAGAUGAAGUCUCACAGUAUACUGAAUCCCAGGUGUCAUCUAAAGAAAGUCCUAGUGAUGGACGUUAUCCACCUGGCAUCAAAACUUCUUGCACAGUUAGCUCAACUGCUCCUGUAGUAAGGAAAAGAGUCCCUUUUGAUAACUCAGUUGGCAGAACACCAUCAGUUGAUGGCCCUUCUGCUACUACAGCCAGGAAAAGAAGUCCUCUUGGUGGUAAUAACAGGAAAACUGGUCCUGCUAUGUUUAGGAAGUUGGACCCCAAGAAGCCUUAUGAUGGGAAAGUUCAAAUUGCUGGUGAUUCUUCUGGUAUAGCAGUUUCGGAGGAUAAUCCUUUGACUAGAGGUGAGAGAGUGUUGAAAACCGUCGAGGAGGAAAGAAAUAAAUUUACCAAGCCAGAAAUAAAACGUGCCCUUUUCAAUGAGAACUCGGAUGAAAAGAAGCAGAAACUUGGCAUUUUUAAGCCUGGGUCUUGUGUGGUGCCAUGUGACCAUGAAAGUUUUGUCACCGUUAAUGAAGCUGGAGAUCCUUGUAGAAACCACAGAGAGUGCGAGGACCUCUCUUACAUCCGAAAGCAGCUUGUGCAAAUUGAAAACCAGCAAUCCAAUUUGUUAGACAUUCUGCAGAAAUUCAUUGGGAGUUCUCACAGUGGGAUGCAUUCUCUGGAGACACGUGUUCAUGGUCUAGAGCUGGCUUUGGAUGAAAUUUCAUUUGAUUUAGCUGUCUCAACUGGAAGGAUGUCACGAAGUGAUGCUGCAGGUGCCAUGUGUUGCAAAUUACCUGGUGCAGAAUUUUUGAGCUCAAAGCUUUGGAAGAAAACAGAGGGUCGUUUUUCAACCUCUCGAUUCUCUAUUUCUGAUGGAAUCACAUCAGUAGCUGGAGUACGUAACAUCCCUGAUAAGAAUGGAGAUCGUGAAGGAUUUAGGCUGGAGAAUAGGAGACAUCGACUCCAAGGAACAUUGCUGCUUGAUGUCACUAUCACAUAUAUCUGCCCUCAAAUCAUCAGGCUGUGGGUGUUGGACAAAGGCUUGAGUUACAAUAUUUAG